AUGACUUUCACUCGUUUCAGUUGGCACCACGAGAUGUACGUCAGGUUAGCAACUUCUGGCAGUGUUGUCUUUGAAGUCGAUAUAAAGGUUGCCCGACAGCCUGAAGUGAUAAGCCAGAUGCUAGAUUAUGGGGAACCUGAAAUAGAAGGUGAGGGUGGACCAAUCCUCCUGCAAACAAUGAAUUCAAAUAUGGUCAGGAAAGUGCUGUAUUGGUGUGCAUAUCACAGAGACCGCGAUGAAAGCAAGGAACACCGGACGUGUGACGUUGCUAGCUGGGAGCGGGAGUUUUUCCGAAUUAGUGAAUCUUCUGUAUUUGACAUUCUUUUGACAGCUAGCUGCCUCGUCAUCAAGAAUCUUUGUGAAAUGUGUUGCCAAGUUAUUGCCAACUUGGCUAGGCGUGGAACACAUCCAGAAAUUCGUAGACUCUUCGAUGUUCCCUCUCAGGGCAUAAUGUUAAUGGACGUCCCACCUGAGGCCGCAGAUGUAGCCGCCACUGUAGAUUACGAGAAUGUACCUAUUUUGAAGGAGGUUUUUCAGCACUGUAUUUAUCACAAGGAUGGUCGCCUUCAAGAUGAUACAGAAGGCAAGAAACUUCGUACCUAUGAUAUUCUGUGA